AUGAUCUUUUCUCAAGGCGUGAAGCCACUCCGAGUCUAUAAGGAAACAGCCCAACUGCUCCGGCUAGGCAUCCUAGGAAAAGAACCUCCUUGGUAUCAAGUCGUUGCAUCGGUUCCGCCCUCAACCAUUUUAAUCAGAACAACCCCAGUUGAGUUCGACAAGCCCCCGCAAGAUAACUCUAAAGCCGUAGGCAAGAAUGUGAAGAAGAAGAGCAAGAGGUUCUUCCGACCACGAAAUAUUCAAUACCCGGAAGACGAUCUCCGCAAAAAAUUCUUCGCAGACCACCCUUGGGAAUUGGCUCGCCCGAGAAUAUUGGUCGAGGAUAGUGGAAAUGAUAGCUUGAGUUACGACUGGAGCAAGUUACAACAACCUGGAAGGGCUGUCGACGGUGAGAGUGUUGUACAAAGGCAAAUGUGGCUGAUGGAGGAGGGGAACGGAAAUCUAUCAAAAUCUGCCGCAUAUGAUGUGGCAAGAAAGGAGUUUUAUAGACUUAGAAUGCGAUCAGAUAUCGAACGAAGGAUCGCUGCAGAGGAGGCGAGGUCUGUUGGCGCAUUCUUUGGUAAAACACACCUGCAGAUAGGGCUCGAACUCGAAGAAAAAUCAUUGUUAGCUUGGAAGAUCAAGGCGCAAGAAGCAGUUGCAAAGAGACAGCAAAGGAUCGAGGCUAUGGCGAACCCAGGGAGCAUCGACGCGGACGUUGGGGACGAAGACGGGGCUACUGAUCCACCUGGAUUAGCUAGCACCCCCGAAGCACGUACAAGCCCGGUAGAGCCAUCGAACCCACAAGGGCCCUAG